AUGGACGAUUCUACCUGGCAUCUGGAGCUGGUGGGGUCUUGCGAUGGCUUGGUAUGUUUAUCUGACAUGGUUUAUAGUGGAUUUGUCCUCUAUAAUCUGACCACUAAGGAGGGUAGGAAUUUGCCCGGUUCGGAUCAUUUUCGACCAGAUGUGUUUCUCCUUGGAUUCGGAUAUGACUCACGAUCUGAUGACUACAAGAUAGUACAUAGCAAGGAGCGGAACGAUUUUGAAGAUAAGAUGAUGGUAAUAUUUUUGCUCAAAUCCAGUUCCUGGAGAACUACACAAACCAUACUAGAAAGUCACCUCUGCCUCUACGGACGAGGACAUGGAAUUUAUUGGAAAGGGGCAUUACACUGGUGUGUCCUCGACCGGAGCAAAGAAAAGGCUGAGGAUGUGAUUAUAUCAUUCGAUUUGUCGGAAGAGAAAUUCCAGCAGAUACUUUGGCUCCCUGAAGUCGAUGGGAACAUAAGUUUUGAGGGACUUGAGGUUCACGGGGCCAAUCUGUUUGUGUACCACGGCAGCUACAAGGACUGCUUCCAGGCGUGGAUAACGAGUGAAUACGGGAAAGGAGGGUCCUGGACAAAAUUGUACAAUUUCACUACUGAAGGAAUAUCUGGCUACAGUUUUUGGCGAAAAAUCCCUGUAGCAUACACAAGGAGUGGCAAAAUUGUUUUCCAAGUCGAUGUGUACCGGACGAUUAUGUUCAAUCCGGAGGAUAAUACUUACAAGGAUUAUCCAAUCCAACACCGCCACGAUGUCGAGUCUACCAUCUACAUGGAAACUGUUAUUUCUCCCUAUCUUGACUGUGAGCCAUCAAGAAUCUAG